AUGGCGGCUUCUUUGGGAAAGCGUAUUGUCUUCACAGGAGGAUCUGGUAAGGCCGGGCGGCAUUGCAUUCCCUACCUUCUCCAAAAUGGUCAUCAAGUCCUCAACCUGGAUCUUGUGGACUUUCCAAAGGACCAUCUACCAACUGGAACGUCCGUCUACACGAUGAAGUGCGACCUCACCGACGGCGCUCAAACAUUCAACGCACUGUCCUCGCUAUUUUCCAUGGACGAAUAUGAGCUGCCAAAACAUCCUGGACCACCAGAUGCAGUCAUCCACUUUGCAGCAUACGCACGCAACAUGAUAGUGCCCGACAGCGAGACUUUUCGUGGCAAUGUCAUGAGUACCUAUAACGUCAUCGAGUCUGCCUGCAAACUAGGAGUCAAGAAGAUUGUCAUCGCCAGCAGCGAAACGACAUAUGGAGUCUGCUUCAGUCAAGGAGAUGAUGAUUAUCAUUCUUUUCCGCUUGAAGAGGAUAGCUAUGAUCGCAAUCCGAUGGAUACCUAUGCCUGUUCCAAGUUGACCGGAGAGCGCAUUGCGCGCACAUUUUCCCGGCGAUUUGGAAAUGACAUAUAUGCACUGGUCAUUGGCAAUGUCAUCGAACCCCAUGAAUACGAGCGAGACUUCCCACGACACGUUGGCGAACCGGAGACGCGAAAAAGGAAUGCCUGGAGUUAUAUUGACGCACGGGAUCUUGGGCAGAUAUGCGACUUGUGCGUUGCAAAGUCUGGGUUGGGUUUCCAAGUUUUCAAUGCGACGAAUGAUACCAUCACCACCUCGAUUCCUACGGAGGAAUUCUUGAAGAAGACAUGUCCGAACACACCGAUUACUAGAAAAAUGGGUGAAUGGGAGGCACCGUUGUCGAACAAGAAGAUCCGAGAAGUUCUGGGGUUCAAGGAUGUUCACGACUGGCGGAAAUACUAUACUCAUAAGGGAUGA